GGCGGCCCGAUUGCAUAGCGUCUGCCUGCAUCAAUUUUUGUUUUAAAAUUGAUUUAUUAAUAAUACGUAAAUGAUUGUUAAAUAGUGUUAAACAUGAUGGAAGCACAGAACACGUUAAAUAGUGGCAUGUGCCGAUGCUGCUCGUCGGAAGGCACAUUCAAAGACAUUAAAACGACGUAUCGUUGGAUGGGAGAGGAAGAGGUUUAUGCAGAAAUGUUAACCGAUUGUUUUGAUAUCAAAAUACAGACUCCGGAAGACAUGGACAAUGGUAUCUGCGAGUUGUGCAUCACACAGCUGCGGAACGCGCUCAACUUCAAGAAACAGGUGUUGCACACUGAGGAACAGUUCAAGAGAAGAAUGCAGGGACGUGAUGUUAAAAACCCUAUAAAAAUUGAAUCUGUGGAGGACUCCAUAGAGUCUGACCACCUUUCCGACCAAGACUUCACAGAAGAAUACGAAGUCCCAAUCAAAGUGGAGAUUGAAGAGAAGCCAAAAGCCAAGAAGCGUCCGGCCAAGCCCGCCACGCCCCGCGCCAAGAAGGCCAAGAGUGAACCCGAGUCUUCCCAACGAACGGACGGCGACGCGCCCAAGAAGCGCAAGAAAAAGAAAAAGAAAGCGGACGCUAGCGCGACCCCCGAGCGCAUUGAGCACAGGGUCAACCUGACCGCCAUACUGCAGUACUCCAACGCCAGUCCGUUCCGAGACAAGACCGCGCGCGGCUUCUCCUGUCUCUACUGCUGCGCGCACUUCCCACACAUCGACGACCUUCGCGCCCACACCGCGCUCCAGCCCGAAAAGGACAAGCUCAACUCCAUGAUCGACUACAAGCUCAGCUACAACCCCAUCAAGCUCGACAUCACCGGCCUCGAGUGCACCGUCUGCCACCACCCCAUGCGCGACCUCGUCCAGCUCAAGGACCAUCUCGUCUUCGUCCACAACAAGACCAUCUACAAGAACAUCAAGGACAUCAUCCUCCCCUUCCGGCUCGAAGACGGACACAACUUCACCUGCGUCAUAUGCUCCGUCGUUCACAUCUCCUUCAAAAACCUCUAUCAUCACAUGAGCAGCCACUACAGAAAUUACUGUUGCAACAAAUGCGGCGCCGGUUACAUCACCAUAGCGGCGCUGCGCAAACAUAUGAAAACCCACGAGCAGGGCAACUUCCCCUGCGCCUACUGUGAUAAAACAUACACCUCCUUCACUAAGAAGCGGAACCACGAGAAAGGCGUCCACACUGGCGGCUGGCUCAGGAACAAGUGCCCGCACUGCCCGGAGAUCUUCGUCAGUUACUACGACCGGAGCGAGCAUCUAGUUCAAGUACACAACGAGAAAGCCGUCAAGUAUCCCUGCAACGCGUGCAAUAAAGUAUACAAAAAGAAGUUCGAACUUAACCGUCACAUUAAACAUCACCAUUUACAACAAAAGAGCUUCUUAUGUGACAAAUGCAAUGCUAAAUUCUUCUCGAAACGCGGCCUCGUCGACCACCUGUCCAGGCAUUCUGGCGGCGAAGUGUACACCUGUGAUAUUUGCGCCAAAACCUUCGCUCGAGCGAGAACCUUGAAGGAGCACAUAAGAAUUCACGAGGACGACAAGCGGUUCCAAUGCGAGGUCUGCAAGAAGACUUUCGUGCAGAAGUGUAGCUUGAAGAGCCACAUGCGUCUACACCAGGAUCAUUUAGACAUCUUUAAAGAGUUCGAUGAUGUCAAACAUCUGAUAGACGACAGGGAGUUGACCUUGAAGCAGAUCGCGGCCGAAAACAAAAAGAAGGCCGAGGAGGAGAAAAGAAAACCGAAAUUCCUCCCGGUUGUAACCGUUGAUAAGAUGUAGAAGUCGAGGACUCGUUGAAUAGGUUUCCAAAAUGUGUAGUGAACGUUACUGACUGUUAAUCAGGGAAUGCAAUAAGCGACCAAAUUUCAUAACCGGUUAUGGUUUCGUUUAUGCCCGAAAAAUAACCGAUAACCGGUUACGGUUAUUUUCGAUAAAAGGUAGUAAAUGUUUAAUCAAUUAAACGAAAAAUACAAUAAUUUAAGGUAUUAGUGAAAGUGAUAAUAAGUUUGACGUGAUAAUAUUCAAUUAGAAUCGUUCACAUUAGUAAGGGAAGAAAUAUUUUCAUUACUAAAGUAAACAAAUGACAAAAAUGAUAGUCACAGCAGUCACAGGCAAAAGGGCAGUAUUUUCUAGUAGCUAAAAGAUCAAAUCCAUCGAAUUUCAGAAAUAAAAUAAUGACCGAUAAUAACCGUAACCGGUUAUUUUAUUUGAGUUUCCUAAUAAUCAUCGGUUAUGAAAAUUUGUCAAAUAACCGGUUAUAACCGAUUAUUUCGGUUACGGUUAUAACCGGUUUGCAUUCCCUACUGUUAAUAUUCAUAAUAUUUGCAAUGAAAGAUGUUUUGAAACAGGGUCCUGUCGCUGUUGCGCUUUGAAAACAUUAUUUGCUUGAACAUUAUCAGUUCACGUUAGCUUUUUUGUAUUUUUCAUUCUGUUAUGUUUCAUUGUAUACAAACUAUUUGUGAUCUCAUUCAAACUUGAUGAAUGAAUGAUGAAGACACGAUUUGUUUUACACAAGAUUAUCAAUGUAACUACAUCACCAUUAUCAUCGUUUAUUAUGUUAUUUAUAUUAUAUCUUCAUAUACCUGAAUCGCGGAUGUAUAUUUAACAAAAUUUAUUAUUUUAAGAGAUACUUUAUCUAAAUCGGUGUAAGUGUACCUAUUUUGUUUUUGACAUUUAAAAUGACCAAAGAGCGGAAUUCUUCAUAGCAAAAAUCAAACUGUCAAAGGGAUUGACCUAACCGUUUUAUCGACUUGAGUUUUCAUGAGUGAUUUCCGUGCCGUGUUACUAAAACUGUUAAUAAAUUAUUAAAUCAUAUUAAUAAAUUAUUAACCAUUUUAGUAACACGGCACGGAAAUCACUCAUGAAAACUCAAGUGACAUAAAUUACAUAUGUAACGCUGACAUGAUUUACUUUAAUAUGGAGAUGCAAGUUGCUUAUCAAAAUGGUCAAAUGUUACAGAAUAAUCUUUUAAGUUGAUUAUGGAUACCUAAUGCGAUAUUAUUCCGUAACAUCGAUAAGUCGAUAAAACAGUUAGGUCAAUCCCUUUGACAGUUUGAUUUUUGCUAUGAAGAAUUCCGCUCUUUGGAAAUGACAUUAGGCUGCCAGUGGUCAGGGACAAAGCGAAAAGAAUAACUAUUAGGAGUUGUCAUAUCCAGACUAACUAUAGGUUAGGAAGAUCUGCUCGCCACGAGUGCUUUAAAUUUAAAAUUAUUAUAUUUAUAAGUUUUACCAUAUACAAGAACCAUGUGUGUUGAAGUAAAUAUAUUAUAUGUAUUACUGC